CCUGCUCGCCUCCUAAAAAAGUCUUAUCCUUGCAACCAAGUCAUUCUUAUCUUCUUGCCUAUACGCUUGCCCAGCAACGUGUAUACGAGUAUGGCUUCCUCAGGCGACGACACCGCUCCAUUUCUUCAGUACCACGAACCUGGAAUUGUCGACAUCCUCAUCGUUAUCUCAUUCUUUACCUUCCUUUGGAUAUCUGAGUACCUCUCCGCCAAGGUCAUCCGUGCCGGCAUUAUCGGACCAAUUGCAGUAGGAAUCAUCUACGGCGAGCCAUUGGCCAACAUAUUACACCAUGACUGGACCGAAACAUUUCUCUACCUUGGUUAUAUAGGACUUAUUCUUAUCAUCUUUGAGGGUGGCUUAUCGACACGACUCGACUUGCUCAAGACAAACUUCACCUUGUCCAUCUUAGGCGCUGCGACUGGUGUGAUAUUUCCAAUUGCGUUCAGCUACUUGAUACUAUUCCUUGGAUUCAAGUAUGGCGCCGUGGAGACGUUCAUCAUCGGCGCUGCUCUGAGUACAACGAGUCUGGGCACAACGUUCGCCGUUAUUUCAAGUGCUUCUAAGAGUGUGGAUCUGAGUCAAACCCGUGUUGGCGCUGUGCUUGUUAGCGCCGCCGUCAUUGAUGAUGUCACAGGUCUGGUUAUGAGCAGCGUCAUCCACGACUUGGGCGACAUGGCCGGCAGAGAUGACGUCAAUCUAGGGUGGUUGAUUGGAAGACCUAUUGUAGCUUCUGCUGCCAUGGCAGCGCUUACGCCAGUCCUCACCAAAUGGGUUUUCGCUCCCCUGUUUCAAAAAUUCAUCGAACAUCACUUCGCCAAGUUCGAUCACCUCUCCAACAUCAUGCUCAUGAUCCUCGUUCUAUCGGCUUUCAUCUCCAUUGCUUCGUGGGCUGGCACGUCCAUAUUGUUUGGAGCUUUUCUCGCCGGCACAUUUCUGACUUAUCUUCCUUCCAAACACCCAGAAGGCCCCUUUGUAGUCAUGUCACGCGAAGAAGGCGAGCGCUCAAAAGAAAAGUCACCAACAUUCGUACACACAUUCGAGUGCUAUUGCCUAGAUGCGCAGCAGUAUGUUCUUGAACCGCUUUUCUUUGCAAGCAUCGGGUUCGCAAUUCCGUUUCUGGAUCUCUGGACCGGAAAGGCAAUUUGGAGGGGCAUUGUGUAUACCCUGCUCAUGCUGUUUUGCAAGCUUAUUGUGGGUGUAUGGAUUCCAAUAUGGUCUGUGAUACAACAUGACCCGAAGAAAGUCCAAAAGGGUUCGCAAGUAGACAAUGUCGAGGAAAACGGCCAAACACUGACGGAAUCUCCUUCUUCGUCCAACCCAUCCUCUCGGAGCGCCGAUCUCAAAUCUUCACUUUCACCCGCGCUCUUGCUGGGCAUGGCCAUGGUUGCACGCGGAGAGAUUGGUCUACUAAUAGUAGAAAUCGGGUAUAACAACACGUCCUACGUGUCCGCGGACGGUUUCAUCACGGCUAUCUGGGCGAUUUUGCUCAACACUAUCAUUGGACCUGUUUUUGUUGGGUUGCUGAUUAGGUCUAGAGGGGAUGCGAUUGGAACUGGACCAUGGGGUCUAGUGCCCGGGCCGAACCAUGCCAUUGAGCGUAAGAUGAAGGAGAGGCGUGAGGCACAGAUGGAAGCCUUGAUGGAGGAAGAAACUGCAACGAGGAUGCAAAACAGUUGUCGACACUCUGGAUAG